AUGUGUGAAAACUUGAUGUUUAGAAAUGAAGAAAAAAUAUACCAAUAUGAGCAGUUUGAGAACUCAUUAACCAAUGGUUCAUUGUUCUUUAACAAGCAAAUAUUUUCUCCUUAUUCUGAUAUCUCUAAUGUUGAUAAUAAUGAGAGAAUCUUUAUCCAACCAUCUUCCCUCGAUAGGUAUCAGGGUACAAGUCAUGUGGAACAGCCAUACCUGUGUAAUCAAAUGAGUGAGACCUUAAGCACAAGCUGUAUGUUUGAUGAUUACAAGAGUAUUUAUAAUGGAACUGGAGGAUAUCCAUGCAUCGAAACUGGGAGUAUCUUGAACAGAGACUCCAAUCUUAUGAAUCGUCAGAGCACUCAAUCUUUAGAGAACCAUUAUACAAGGAAGAGAGGUAGCAGUGUCCUUUAUCAAAGCCCAAAUCUUAUUAUCCAUGAGAGUAUCUGUACUGGAGAGGAGGAUUACAAAUUUAGUGAAUGUUGUAGAAUUUUUAACCAGUCUUCAAAUCUUACUCAACACCAGAUUAGUCAUACUAGGAAAGAGCAUUACACGUGUAACAUCUGUGGGAAAAUCUUUAAUCAAGUAUUAGAGCUAAAUAGACAUAGGAAAAUCCAUACUGGAGGAAAACCUUACAAAUGUGAAGAAUGUGGCAAAGCCUUUACCUGGUGCUCAAAUCUCACACAGCAUCAGAGAAUUCACACUGGGGAAAAACCAUACACAUGUAAAGUAUGUGGCAAAGCCUUUACAUGGUAUUCAGUUCUCACACAACAUCAGAGAAUUCACACUGGGGAAAAACCCUAUAAAUGUAAAGAAUGUGGCAAAGCCUUUACCCAGUGUUCACAUCUUAUACAACAUCAGAGAAUUCACACUGGGGAAAAGCCAUAUGCAUGUAAAGUAUGUGGUAAAGCCUUUACCUGCUGCUCACAUCUUACACAACAUCAGAGAAUUCACACUGGGGAAAAACCACAUGCAUGUAAAAUAUGUGGCAAAGCAUUUACCCAGUGUUCACAUCUUACACAACAUCAGAGAAUUCACACUGGGGAAAAACCACAUGCAUGUAAAAUAUGUGGCAAAGCAUUUACCCAGUGUUCACAUCUUACACAACAUCAGAGAAUUCACACUGGGGAAAAACCAUACACAUGUAAAGUAUGUGGCAAAGCCUUUACCCAGAGCUCAACUGUUACAGCACAUCAGAGAAUUCAUACUUGUGAGAAACCAUACAAAUGUAAGGUAUGUGGCAAAGCCUUUAACGUGGGCUCAAACCUUAAGCAACAUCAGAAAAUUCAUACUGGGGAAAAAACUAUACAAAUGUGA